UGCGGGGAGUGGAAUUUUGGAACGAAAUGUAGCAAAGAGAAGUACAGUAGUAAGAGUAACAUUGUAGCUGCCGCCGGCCGAGGGGGCGCGCCGGGGAGGGGACGCCGCACCCUCUUUCUGCCGCACGGACCCCCCGAGCAGAACCCCAGAGGGAAGAGGCGCCCGAGGACCCGCCCCGGCCCUGUCCACGUUCCCCCCCAGGAAGCCGGACUCUAUGGGGCGGGACCCUGGGGGAGACUGAGCAGAACCUAGAGCCAGCGCUGAAUCUCUGAACCCCGAGCCAGGGGCGCCCCGGGAGCACCUAGCCCGUGGGCGCUCCGCCCGCCCGCCGAGCAGCCAUGAGGUAAUACCAGCCCAUGGUAAAACAAAGCAAAAAGAGAAGACAUAAUCAAGCAACUCAAGUGGGUAAACAGUGCGAACUGUCCACUUCCUGCCUCCCUUGUCAGACCCCCAGUGCCCCAGUGCCUCAGAGGCGAGCAGGGGAGGCUAGUCCCCUGAGAAGCAACCUCGCUUUUCACCACUCUGGGUGCAGAGCGAGACGGUUGUGUGCACCAGCCGGGCCACGGUGAUGCUCUAUGAUGACAGCAACAAGCGCUGGCUGCCCGCCGGCACGGGCCCGCAGGCCUUCAGCCGUGUCCAGAUCUAUCACAACCCCACCGCCAACUCCUUCCGGGUGGUCGGCCGCAAGAUGCAGCCGGACCAGCAGGUGGUCAUCAACUGUGCCAUCGUCCGGGGUGUCAAGUAUAACCAGGCCACCCCCAACUUCCACCAGUGGCGUGAUGCCCGGCAGGUCUGGGGCCUCAACUUUGGCAGCAAGGAGGAUGCCACGCAGUUUGCCAACGGCAUGGCCAGUGCCCUAGAGGCCUUGGAAGGAGGUGGGCCCCCGCCCCCGCCACCACCUACAGCACCUCCCACCUGGUCUGCCCAGAAUGGCCCCUCGCCAGAGGAGAUGGAGCAGCAGAAAAGGCAGCAGCAGUCAGAGCUCAUGGAGCGGGAGCGCAGAGCCUCCAAUGCAGGAGGCCCGCCUGCUCCCCCAGCUGGGGCACCACCACCGCCCCCAGGACCUCCCCCUCCUCCGGGUCCACCCCCACCCCCUGGUCUCUCCUCCUCAGGGGUCUCAGCUGCCACACAGGGAGCAGGGGGAGGCCCACCCCCGGCACCCCCUCUCCCUACAGCACAAGGCCCCAGUGGUGGAGGGACUGGGGCCCCCAGCCUGGCCUCAGCCAUUGCUGGCGCCAAACUCAGGAAAGUUAGCAAGCAGGAAGAGGCUUCAGCGGGGCCUGUGGCCCCCAAAGCUGAGAGCAGUCGAAGCACGGGUGGAGGCCUCAUGGAAGAGAUGAACGCCAUGCUGGCCCGGAGAAGGAAAGCCACGCAAGUUGGGGAGAAACCCGCCAAGGAUGAAUCUGCCAAUCAGGAGGAGUCAGACGCCAGAGUCCCAGCCCACAGUGAAUCUGUGCGGAGACCCUGGGAGAAGAACAGCACAACCUUGCCAAGGAUGAAGUCGUCGUCUUCAGUGACCACUUCCGAGGCCCACCCCCCUACGCCUAGUUCCAGUGACGAGUCAGACCUGGAGAGGGUGAAACAGGAGCUUCUGGAAGAGGUGAGGAAGGAAUUGCAGAAAGUGAAAGAGGAAAUAAUUGAAGCCUUUGUCCAGGAGCUGAGGAAGCGGGGUGCCCCCUGACCACAGGGCCCCAGAAAAUCCAGUUUCUCCUUUCCGCACACACCCUCCUCCUGUCACCCUGCUUUCCCUGCCUCAACUUGACUUGGAAUUGGCUGAAGUCUACACAGGAAUGCAUCUUCCCCACUCCCUAUGUCACUUGGAAAAUUCCAAGGGGGUGUGGCUUCCCGAGCACCACGCCCACACACAUAUUGGCUGCUGAUUGGCUGGGGAAGCCCCCACCCUUUGUUCCCUUUGGUCCUUCCCCUCUGCCAUCCCCUUGGGGCUGGUUCCUCUGCUGGGGAUGUACCAAGUAACCCCACAGUAAGGGGGAAGGAAGGAGGGAAUUUCACAUUCCCUUAUAGAGAUUCACUUUAACGCUUAAUGCCUUUGAAGUUUUGUUUUUUAAGAAAAAAAAGUAUAUAUAUAUAUAUUUAGGUUUCUUGUGGGGGGAGGAAAUUUUUUUUUCUCUUUGGUUUUGAUAAAACGGGGUGUGGGAGUUUUUAAAUGCUGUGCCCCUGGCUUGUCCCAUUUGGGACAGCUGUGUAAGGAGGGUUAUCCCACCAGGCUGGGGGUGCCUCCCCUUACCCCAGGGACCGACCUCCCUUCCCUCUGGCUCCUUCCCCUUUUCUAUGACGAAUUAAGAUGCUGUAACUUUUUGGAACCUCAGUUUUUUGGUUUUUUAUUUGGGUAGGUUUGGGGGUCUAGGCCAUUUUUACCCCCUGGGGAUAAACAAGAUAAGGGGGAAAGGAAUAGGGGAGGAAACCUCUCCUCUUACCUUCACCUUUAGCUUCUUGGAAACGGGCCCCUGUGGAAUAAAUCUGCCAGUUUUUAUAAAUGCUAA